GAGGAUUGGAAGCAUAAAGUCGCUCAUGCUUGAUACUCAAAUAUCUGCAUUUUCAAACGGAUUCAGUUCCAAGCUGUCAUAUCUUGGCGUAGCAUCAAUUUCAAAAUGGGAGUCGCAUGGGAUCGUUUAAUUCGCUUCGUGGCCACGGAUGGUCGCAUCCUCAGGGGUCAGCCCAUCCUACCAGAGCCCAACUUUGACCUUGGCAACGUGACCGAGGAAACGAAGCUCCAGGCCAAGGUUAUCGUUGGGGAUGACAUUUACGACGACACCGGCAAGACAAAGGUCUCGGACGAGGUGGUCACCGUGGCCAAACUCCUCGGUCCCCUUGCGCAGGACGACGUCGAUAUCCUGCGAUGCGUGGGUUUGAACUAUGCAAAGCACAUCAAGGAGGCCGGACGCAAGCCGCCGCCCUUCCCCUUCAUCUUCUUCAAGCCCAACACGUGCAUCCACGAUCACGGGGCCGACGUUGAGAUCCCCAAGAUCGCGCAGGACGACCAGGCCGACUACGAGGGCGAGCUGUGCCUGGUCAUUGGCAAAGAUGCCAAGAACGUGACCAAGGAGGAGGCGCUCGACUAUGUGGCGGCCUACACGUGCGGCAACGACAUUUCGUCGAGGAAGCUGCAGCGCGACCCCGCGUUGGCCGGCUCCGUGCCGCAGUGGGGCUUCUCCAAGGGGUUUGACACGUUCGCACCGCUCGGGCCUUGCCUGGUCCGCUCGGACCUCGUCGGCCCGCCGGAUCAGCUCCUCCUCAAGACCAUCGUCGACGGCGAGGUCAGGCAGCAGGAGACGACGGGCGACUUGCUGUUUGACGUACCGACUCUGAUCUCGUACCUGUCGAGCGGUACCACGUUGAAAAAGGGCUCCGUCAUUAUGACAGGGACACCAGGUGGUGUGGGUGCUGGUCUGAACCCACCAAAGUACUUGGUGCCGGGUACCGUCAUGGAAGUUUCCAUCGAAAAGAUUGGAACGCUCCGCAACGGGGUGAAAUUCGCUUGAAUGCACUGGAUGUUGAGCGUGCCUCUUGUUACUGCGAGAUGUACCUAGCUGGAGGGACAGAAGAGGAAGGAGAUGUCAGCGGAAGGGUGAUUGUAGACAAGAGAUCCGUCUCAAGUUGUCCAUUGUAGCAGCGAAUUCAAC